UGGGCCACCACCAUCCUGGACAUCGAGCGCUCCUUCCCCGUGUUCGUCCGGAGGGCCUUCCGCUCGGGAGAGAUGGUCACCGUGGGGAAGUCUCUGGAUGGGGCCCCCGACCGGAGGUGGUGCUUCAGAGUGGAUGAGGUGAACUGGUCUCACUGGAACCAGAACCUGGGUAUCAUCAACGAGGACCCCGGCAAGAACGACACCUACCAGUAUUACGGCUUCUCCCACACCGUGGGGCGCCUGCGCAGAGAUCGCUGGUCAACGGUGGUGCCUCGUGUGGUGGAGCUGAACAAGAAUUCCCAGCCAGACGAGGUGGUGGUGCCCCUGGACAGCCUGCGCUCAGCGGGAGCAAACGCGCACAAGCCCAGCUACCCUCACAGCUGGAGGAAGGAAGACGCUCAGAUCUAAGGGCCAAGCAACCUCCACACUCCGGGACAGCCUUUGUGGCCUCACGGGAGCCCCUCGAACGGGGAUCUUGAUGGAGCUGCCUUCUGCGUCCCAGCCAGCCUUCCAGGAACCGGAAUGGGAGAGGAGGGGUCGAGCCUCUUGCAUUUGGAACAAAAAGUGGCUUUUAAAAACACUCCUAAGGAGAUAAACUGGAAACCUGGUUUUAGGUUGCCGCAUUGCAUCCCAAGGGCAACACCGCCCAGAGAUUGAGGAUUGAGGCUCAGGAUCUGAGGAUUUUGUCCUUACCGGAGGCUCCAAAUGCCGAAGGACGAUGCCACAAGGGCCACGAUUCCAAAGGCAUCAAGUGAUCCUCCAACGUGGCUCCUUUGAAGGUGCCAUGGGCUGAGUUUUGCGUGAAUUUCCUGCUGGCUGAAAACACGCAGGGAGGCUCCGGGUGUGUGUGUGUGUUUCACGCUGCCUGGGGAUUGUGAGUCUCCUCUGAUAGUAGUACUGUGUUUUCCAGAGUGUAAGACGCACCAAGAUUUUGAAGAGGCAAUUUUUUAAAAA